UCCCAGCGCCUGGCGGGGAGCCCCCCGGGGCGGGCUCGCCCCGACGGAGACCCCCGCGCCCCGCUCUCGAUGGGACUGAGCGCGGCGGCGGCUCCGCGCUCGGGCGGCGCGGGCGGAGCGCGCCCCGCGGGGGCGCCGGGCAUGGCCGCGGGCGGGCGGGGGCCGAGCGGGAGCCUCGGGCACAGCGCCCUCGCGGGGGGCCCCGCCGCGGCCAUGGAGCGCCGCUGAUCGCCGCCGAUCGCCGCCGGGAGACAAUGGCCCUGCACAAACUCUGCUCCGUGCUCGAAGUGUUGCUGGUAACAAUCCUUGUAGUGGAAGGGAUUGCCGUUGCACAGAAGACACAAGGUGGGCAAAAUAUUGGAGUGAAUCGCAUUCCCCCCACCCAGUGCGACAACUGGGUACGGACGAGUAAUGGAGGACAUUUUACUUCACCAAACUACCCAAACAUGUACCCCCCAAAUCAGGAGUGCAUCUAUAUCUUAGAAGCUGCUCCACGACAAAGAAUUGAGUUGACCUUUGAUGAACCUUAUUACAUAGAACCCUCAUUUGAAUGUCGGUUUGAUCAUCUGGAGGUUCGAGAUGGACCUUUUGGUUUCUCCCCUCUCAUCAGUCGUUACUGUGGUUUGAAAAGUCCUGCGCUAAUUAGAUCAACAGGGAGAUUUAUGUGGAUCAAGUUUACAUCUGAUGAGGAGCUGGAAGGAAAGGGAUUUCAAGCAAAGUACUCAUUUAUACCAGAUCCUGACUUCACUUACCUAGGAGGCAUUUUAAAUCCCAUCCCAGACUGCCAGUUUGAGCUCUCAGGAGCUGAUGGAAUAGUACGUUCCAGUCAAGUAGAACAAGAAGGAAAAACAAAGCCAGGACAAGCAGUUGACUGUAUAUGGACAAUUAAGGCUACUCCAAAUGCUAAGAUCUACAUGCGGUUCCUCGACUAUCAGAUGGAGCAUUCAAACGAAUGCAAGAGAAACUUUGUGGCUGUGUAUGACGGGAGCAGCUCCAUUGAAAACCUGAAGGCCAAGUUCUGCAGCACCGUGGCCAACGAUGUGAUGCUGCAGACGGGGACAGGGGUGGUGAGGAUGUGGGCAGACGAAGGCAGCAGACUGAGCAGGUUCAGGAUGCUGUUCACUUCAUUUGUGGACCCUCCCUGCUCAGGCAACACUUACUUCUGCCAUAGCAACAUGUGCAUCAAUAAUUCUUUAGUCUGCAAUGGCAUCCAGAACUGUGCAUACCCUUGGGACGAGAAUCACUGCAGAGAAAAGAAAAGAACUGGGUUGUUUGAACAAAUCACCAAAACUCAUGGGACAAUCAUUGGCAUCACAUCAGGGAUAGUUUUAGUUCUUCUCAUCAUUUCAAUUCUAGUGCAAGUAAAGCAACCUCGCAAAAAGGUCAUGGCUUGCAAGACUGCCUUCAAUAAAACCGGUUUCCAGGAAGUAUUUGAUCCUCCACAUUAUGAACUCUUUUCACUAAGGGACAAAGAAAUUUCUGCAGAUUUGGCAGAUUUAUCAGAAGAACUCGAGAACUAUCAGAAAAUGCGACGCCCUUCAACAGCUUCCAGGUGCAUCCACGACCACCACUGUGGCUCCCAGGCCUCGAACCUAAAACAGAGCAGGACCAACCUCAGCUCCAUGGAACUGCCCUUCCGCAACGACUUUGCGCAGCCCCAGCCGAUGAAAACAUUUAACAGCACCUUCAAGAAAAGUACUUACACGUUCAAACAAGCUCAUGAGUGCCCUGACAGGGUGAUGGAGGAGAUUCCAUGUGAAAUUUAUGUGAGAGGAAGGGAGGAUACGGCACAAGGUUCAUUAUCUAUUGACUUUUGACUUCCUGAUGAAGGUGGUAUCAGUGUAUAUACAAGAUGCUUGUGUACAAUGACAGUGUAUAUAUUAAAAGUGUACCAUAUGCAGCGUGUGAGAUGCACACACUUUUAGCUUAUUAUACUUCAUUUAAAAAACCCCCCAGUCUUCAUAACUAAUUCUUGCUGAAAAAUGAGGAGUUUCCUCCCAUCUUCCCAAUCUACCUAUCUAGUGGAAGAGUAAGACAGAGACUUUGCAUGGAAAUUAUAAGAAAGGAUAUUGGAAGAAAAAACCCUACAACUACUAAUCACUGAACACUGAAAACAAUGGCUACUAUUUUCUUCUGGCUACCAUUUUUCUCUUCUUUAGACGUCUGCUUUUGAAGACAAUUUUAAUACCUCACUUGCAUAAAUAAAAGUCAUUAAGUGCA